AAGUACUGUUAAUGAGUAAACUUUGUCUAUUGCAGAAAUGAGUCAAUGAAGAGUGGGGAAAUCAGCUAAAGUGGUCAUGUUUUCACUGAACAAUCCUGCAAAAGUGAAAAUUAAAACAAAAAUGUUCCUGCCGAAAAAUCAUUAGGAGUUUCAAUUGAUGCAAAACAGCCAAUUCUAUGAACACAGCAAGAUAUCAGAUGUUUCAUCGCUAUUUGAAAAUCUUCCAUUAAAGAUUCUAUGGCAUCGGAGAUGAACUUGAUCAACCAUCACCAGCUACCUUCAGCAGAUGGAUUUUCUCUUUCUGAAGGUCCUAAUUUAUUUGUAGACCAAUCUUCUCCUUCCUGGUGUCCUCCAGAUGUAUUAGACUACAGCUGUCAUCUUACCCCAAUCAGCAUAGGUAUACAUCCGGAUCCAAUGAUUUCUGCAGUGAAAGAUACUGAUGUGUCAUCCUACUCACAGUACAACACUAUGCAUUUUUGCCCAAUGCAACCUCCAAUCACAUUACCACCUUAUUAUUCAAGUGUUAGUCUUUAUCCUCCACAAUCUGAAGAAUGGCAUUCUCCUGCAAUGUAUGAACUUGGAAAAAUGCCCUCUAAUAACUUACAAACCAAGGAGACAGAUCUGGUAGACAUUCCUGUAGCCAAGAAAUCUCGAGUGGGUCUACUCUCUGGAAGAACAAAAGAGCUGUGUGUUGUCUGUGGUGACAAGGCCUCUGGGUACCAUUAUAACGCCCUGACUUGUGAAGGCUGCAAAGGUUUCUUCAGAAGGAGUAUCACUAAAAAUGCUGAAUACAAGUGUAAAAAUGGAGGAAACUGUGAGAUGGACAUGUAUAUGAGGAGAAAGUGUCAGAAGUGCCGUCUACAAAAGUGCAAAGCAGUAGGAAUGCUGGCAGAAUGUUUGUUAACCGAAAUACAAUGCAAGUCAAAACGACUAAGAAAAAAUACAUCACAGCCCCCAGAGGAAGCUAUUAGUGAGGAUCUCGAGAGACCUGACCUGAAGAAAGUGUCAUCUACAACUAAAUUCUAUAAGGAGAAAGUAAAAUUAAGCCCGGAACAACAGAAUCUUCUUCGUUAUAUAAUGGAUUCCUAUAAUAAACAGCGGAUUCCUCCUGAAGUUACCAAAAAACUUUUACAAGAGGACUUCAGUGCAGAAGAAAAUUUUCUUAUUUUAACAGAAAUGGCCACUAGCCAUGUUAAAAUCCUUGUGGAGUUCACUAAAAGGUUACCAGGUUUUCAAAUCCUGGAUCAUGAGGAUCAAAUUGCUUUGCUGAAAGGUUCAGCAGUAGAAGCUAUGUUCCUUAGAUCAGCUGAAAUCUUUAAUAGGAAACUUCCUAGAGGACAUGCUGAUCUUUUAGAAGAAAGAAUUCGCAACAGUGGUAUAUCUGAUGAAUAUAUAACACCUAUGUUCCAUUUCUAUAAAAGUAUUGGGGAACUCAAGAUGACACAAGAAGAAUAUGCUCUGCUUACAGCAAUCGUUAUCUUAUCAUCAGAUCGGCAAUACAUAAAGGAUAGAGACUCUGUUGAACGGCUUCAAGAGCCUCUGCUAGAAGUUCUGCAAACAUUCUGCAAGCUUCAUCACACGGAAAGCCCUCAACAUUUUGCUUGUCUCCUUGGUCGCCUUACAGAAUUACGGACUUUUAACCACCAUCAUGCAGAUAUGUUGAUGUCAUGGAGAGUUAACAAUCACAAAUUCACACCUCUUCUUUGUGAAAUAUGGGAUGUGCAGUGAUAGCCCUGUUUUUUACUGGAUCAUAAACUAAGUUAACUGGGACAGCAGACUUGAAUCCAUAACAUCAGUGUGUUCAUUCAGAGUUUUUGUAUUGUAAAUAUUUUCUUAAAGCACUUAAAUUGAUAGUAAAUCAUUUUCAUUGAAGUUUACAUUUGUGUCUGUUUACAUAGAAUAUCUGCCAUGGUUCUUAAGUUCCUUGAAACAAGUGAAUUUCUAUUUGCCU